CCAGCCAUAGUAACCAGCCAUGUAAAAAACAAAAGCCAAGAUCAAAGCCAGAAUUAAUUAUGAUCAAAGCAAGAUGGCGGGAAUAGAUGUGCAGCAGUUUAUAAGCUCUCACCGUGCUAAGCUCAAUCAAGAGAGGAGUAGGAUGAUGGAUGAGAGGGCUCCUCGAGGUAUUCUCCCCAGUGGUAGCAACUCCACUGACCACGCUACCACACUGCGUAGAGAGAGGGAAACGGAAUACCAAGACUACCUCAAAACACAAGGACCUGUGAAGUCAAAGUCUAUUUCCGAUAUACGACGAGAUAUGGCAUAUAAACGUGACAGCGAGCUCUCUUCUCAUUCUGAUACCAAUCUGGUUCGGGACAGGGAUCGUGGUUUGGAUUAUGGGAGUAUGAAAGAGCGGAAGAUGGCCGAAGAGAGGAGUUACCGUAGCGAUGGAGCUGAGCCUCGGAGAAGGUGGGAGGAUAGCAAGCCCUCUGUCAGCUUCAAGCGUGUGGAUCAGUAUGGAAAGAAUGGAGACUGGGACUCUGAGGAGAAGGAACUAGUCUCGUGGGCCAGACAAAAGCACAACACUCGCUCACCCUCACCCCCCUCACACCGUACCAUAUCUGCCCCCACACACACGGUGGGCGGGAUAACAACUCUGGGAGUGGGGGACAACGAUCGUGAGGCUAAGAGAAACAGACAGAAAGAAUACGCUGAAAGUUUAAGAGCACAAAUGAAAGAGAAAAACGGACUCUCUGAACCCCCACCAAAACAACAAAUCCCACGCAAGCAAUUUUCACCAGAGAAGAUGCCACCUCGAGCAAGAUCACAGCCGCAACACGAUCCCAGGAGACCACCCUCGAUGAAUGAGCAACACUAUCCUCCACACCCGUCCAUGUACCAGCACUACCCCCCACCACCACCACCACCGCCACACCCCUAUUACAUGCCACACUCCUAUUACCCCCCACAGCCUCCGAGGGACAUGUACUAUCAGGAUCGACCAGAUCCCUACAGGUAUCCGUACUACCCUCCUCCUCAAGAGUAUAGCAAUCCCUACCUACCUCCGAAUGUGCCUGCUCAUAUGACUAGACAUCGUGAUGAAUGGGCAGAGCCUUUAAAACAACGAGAGAGAGAACCAGAAAUGAGAAGAUCAGAUGAGAGAAAGGAAAAUCGAACAAAAUAUGACUCUGAUACCUCGCCUAUUCACGGAAAAUCAACUAAAAGCUCUAAAAUUGACAAAAAGUCGUAUCGAAGGGAACUAGAAAAACAGAUGAAAGAGAAAAAGGAACGAGAAUUGAAAACUAAAAUCGAGAAAGAGAAAUACGAACUCAGAAGAGAGGUUGAAAUUUAUGAUCCGUUUGGUAAAGGUGGUUGUGGCGCUCCUGUUCGCGAUCAAAGUGGCAAUAUCGUUGCAGACCUGAAGAAAUUGAAGAGAAUCAAUGAUGACCGCUCGGGCACAACACCUCGACACAGUCAAGAGUUUGCUAACACUGACGACUCUCCACUUAGAAGAAGCUACGAAGGCUCCCCCCAGCAUAGCAGCAAGACUGUACUCACUUAUGGCAAGAUGGACGACGAAUUCCAAAAGAAAGGGGACCAGGAAAGCUAUCGUGACUACCUUCGUCGGCAAGUGCAGGAGAAGGAAGAUCGUAAACGAAAAGAAAAAGAAGCCGAGAAACUUCAAGAACUGAAAGAAAUCAAACGAUUAGAAAAUGAUAGUUUGAAACUGGCCAAUAACUUGAAAAAAGAACGUGAGAGCGAAAGACUCACAGAGGUGGCGCUCAAACGUAAGAAUGAGGAACUUAAAAAAGAAGCUGAAAUUCGUCGAAAAGAGUUGAUAAUCAAACAGAGGGAGCUGCUGCAUAAAGAACAGCAACAAGAACAGUUACUGGCAGAGCAGAAAAUGCAGAAUCUAGUCGACAAAAUGGCACAACCGGUCAAUCCAAUGCUACAACAACGGUCUAGCUCACCGCCCAUACCUACAGUGAGGAAGAAGCUCAACCAACAAGGGGGGAUUUCCCAACAUCAAGGGGAAAUCCCUCAACAGCCGUCAUCACAACACACAAUGUUACCACCUCCACCUUCCUCGCCUCCAGUUCCUACCAUACAGCGUAACCAAGCCAGGCAAACUGUACCAACACCUGUACCAACAGCCCCCAUCGUUCAACAAAGAAGUGAGGCCACCCCAAUUCCUGCUUCAGAGUCCUCCAUCCUAACACAGCUAGCUGCUAUGAGAAUGCACUUGCAAGCACAACUGUCUGAUCAGAUGAAAACUAGCAGAUUAACUCAACCUCAACCGGCCCCUAAUUACACAGUCCCAGCACCGAGAGCUUCAGCAGGACCUCGAGUCAGGCAACCUCAGAACUCAGCAUUGAAUGCAAACGUUGAACAAUUCUCAUCUCUGAAGUAUAAGAACCCACACUCUGAGCUUCUGUCCCAGUUCCCUAAUCCACCACGCACUGAGAGUGCCCUGGAGGUACAGCAAGGUGCUAUGUUGCGUUAUCAAGAGGAGAGAUUGGCUGGAAUGAGAAACAGAGAGAAGAAACCUGCUCUCGUUGUUAGAGGCCAACUGCCAUCGUUCUCUGAGGGUGUGCCUCUUUCAUCAGCUGAUCCAUUCCUCCAAGAGGACCCACGGCCGAGUCAUACACGUGAUCUGGAUAGGGGUCAGCCCAGUGGGGUCAGAAACAAGUCAGCAGGUGGUCAGUCCCAGUUCUCUGUAGCUACCCUGGAUGUGGACGGCAUGGCUGGUCGCAAUGAGGAGAGGAUGAGACGAUUGGACGCUAUACUCAACGCUGGGACCCACACUGGCAGUAGUCGAGGCGUGGGAGGACACAGUGGAGUGGGUGGGCCCAGUAGAGGUGUGAGGGGAGUGGAGCCGGGGGAGGACUCGGAAUCAAUCAUCAGUAAUUUCCUUAAUCGUAGGGAACCGGGACGACCAUCGCUGACACGAGGCUCAGAGAUGAGUCUGGAGUGUGAGACUGCCUACCAGAGACUGGGAACUCCAAGCAAUUAAUUGAGACUAUCAAAUUAUAUAUACGUAUGUAUGUUGUAUCAUUCAAAUUAAUGGUCGAUCAUUGAAUAAAAAUUCUCAUUGUUCAUAAUUAUGUCAAAAUUAAUUAACUAUUGUUGUUAAAUUUGAAA